AUGACGUCGAAUGCUGCCGAGACGAAGAAAAGUAGACUGUUGUGGGCACGACGCCUCCCGGUUGCUUCAUUGAUCGAGACCUAUCGAGCCAUUAUGGAGAAAUGGUUCGAUAGGCGACGCAUCUCGGCUGCAUCGAGGUCACAUGAGUUGACUGAGGUAGUAGAGGGGAAGUUUCAUGUGGCUGUCGAAGCGGGUCGGCAAUUGGUUGUUCGAGGGACGACGACGCACAUGUUUAGUGUUGAGGAUGAUCAUGCAUUCUACAUUGUCGAUCUCGAGAAUCGGACUUGUAGUUGUGCUCAGUUUGACUUGGAUGACAUUCCGUGUUGUCAUGCUUGUGCCGCUAUUAGGCGUGCAGGACUGCAAGUCACGGAUUUUGUUGGAAGAUAUUUCAAACAAUCCGUGCUGUUGGCCACAUAUAUGGAGCGUAUUGUUCCCGUUCCACAUCCUACGUAUUGGAAUGUGCCCGAUGAGAUAUCAGCCUAUGUUGUGAAACCCCCGGAUAUCACGGUCCAUGCGGGACGACCGAAGUUGAGUAGGGCUCGUUCAGCAGUUGAGGGUCCUCCUAAUUCGGGUCCUCCUAAUUCUCGACCUCAAGGGUUUUGGGGUGAACAAGGCCUAAAUGGGCUCUGUACAUGGUUAGGCCCUAACCGUGUACAGUUUCUCGCAACCGUGUACGGAAGAACUUGA